UUGUACAUACUUUGUAUUUACUAUAUAUGUUAUUGGUUUCCUAAUGCUUAGUAUAGUAGUCGUGGAUCACAUGAUAAUCACGUGAUCUCGAAUAUUUUGUAUACGCUAUAUUAGUGUCAUUUUUACGAGUUAGUUUUAUUAACAUUUCUAAUAUAAUUCAGAUCAUCAUUGAUAUGUACUAAAAUUAAGGAAAAUAUAAAACAUUAAUUUCCGGAACCUUCCGAUCUAUUUUUGACCAAUCGGGUUGGAGCGGUCAGUUUAAAUACAAGGCCUUUGUUACUGGUCAGUACAAUAUCAGACAGCUGACAAUCAACAGGUGGAUCAAGUUUUCAAGUUUCUCCAGUAAUCUAUUCCGGAUCAAAAUAUAUAUAAUUGUUGUUGAAAUCAAUUCACAACAAGAACAUGUAACGGUGAACUCCCAUCUUUACCUUACUUAGGACAAAUGCCAGAAAACACGUGAUGGACAAUAAAUAACAUGGAAUGAAAACAUCUUGUGUAUGUGAUUUUUACAUGUGACAUUUAUGGGACUGUACCACUCACCAGUCAGCUGCUUCCUGUGUAUUUUAAGGAAAAGGACACAGAGGUUUUGAUGUAAAGGAGAAAUGAGAAUUUCUUUAAUCAAGUGAUUAAUUAAGCCACAGGCGUCUGAAGUUCUGACAGUAAACUGAGAUAUAAUACCAUAGUAGAUACUCUUAUUUUUUAUAUGGUAUUAUAUCUCAGUAUACUGUCAGAACUUCAGACGCCUGUGAUUAAGCUAAUCAUCUUUUGAGCAACUGGGCCCUGGUAGCCAGUUAUUGACCCGGUCCAGUUCCACCACACCUGUACUCUGAAAGUAUUGUCACCUCAACUACCUAUUUUUGCUUGUACAGAAUUGGAAGAUGAGUUGGACAGAAUAGUUAUCAAGAAUGGACAGAACAUCAUCGAAAGUGGGAAGGGUGAACAGGACAUGUUUGACUUGUCAAUGGUGACGGAUCUUCCUUCUGUGAAAAAAAAAUGAUGCAGAUUCACGGUUCAGAACAAGAAGAAGCAUCUACAAAUAGUCUUAUGCAGCAAAAUAUCCACAAUUUGGAAACAAAAUGUGAUGAACUUAGCAGAGAAAGUUACGAAACAAAUGUAAGCUAUCUACACUCCUCUGACAAUGAAGAGCUGUCACCUGGUUUAGUGUUUCCUUGCCGACCUUGGGAUACAGCUGUACAAGGAGAGGCUCUAUGGACCUCAGUGUCAGCAGAGGAUUCAUCGGAGUGUUGUAUUUGCGGUGGGAAAAACAAUAUAAAUUAGGAUCCACCAAUUCAUACCCAUCAAGGAGUACCACCUGGUGAAAGGCGGUUCAUGUGUCUGUUCUGUGGGAAGGAAUUCAAAGUCCGACAAGCUGUACAAGUUCAUACAAGGAUUCACACAGGUGAAAGACCGUUUGAAUGUGAAACCUGCGGAGAAAGAUUCCGAGUGAAUUUGAGUUUGCAGAGGCAUCUUGGAAUACACACUGGAGAAAAACCGUUCAAGUGUGAUUUGUGGUCUCUGAAGUGGAACAAACAGGAACACAUGAAAAUUCAUACUGGUGAGAAACCCUUCAAAUGUGAUGUGUGUGGCGAUUUAUUUCGAGUGAAGGAACGACUUCAUGUGCAUUUGAUCAAGCAUACCGGAGAGCGACCUUACAGGUGUAAAUUGUGUGGUAAUAAAUUCAAGGUCAAAUGGAGUCUUCAGGAGCAUAUGAGAAUUCACACAGGCGAAAAAUCAUUUAAAUGUGAAUAUUGCGAGGAAGUGUUCGGUGUAAAACAAAGUCUACAAAGGCACACUAGAAUCGACACAGGCGAAAAACCAUAUAAAUGUGAUUUCUGUAAUGAAGAAUUUCGGAUUAGGCAGAGUCUGCAGCGACACAUGCUUAUACACACCGGGGAGAAGCUUUAUAGAUGUGAUGUUUGUGGUAAGGAAUUCAACAUGAAAUGGAGCCUGAAGGAACAUUCGUGGAAACACACCGGGCAAAAACCAUAUAGCUGUGGUAUUUGUGGAAACAUGUUUUCUGCAAAACGGAGUUUAAAAUUACAUUUAAGAAUGCAUAACUCCAGUAUAAAUACAUAA